AUGGCCGCAAUCGAUCAGAAUGACUUCCAGCGCGGAGACGACUUCAUCUCGUUCGGCGCAUCACCGCCUCCUGCUGGUGGUCCAUCUGAGGCAGGCCCAUCUCGCUCGGCGCUGAGCUCUGCCGACCAGGAUAGUCUCGAUUCCCGGAAUGGCCGGAGCCGUCAAGACGCUCCUGCUGCGCAGGUCAAGAAGAAGGACAAGUCGAAGAAGGGAAAGGGGAAGGAGAAGGCGAGCGAGCCAAAUGGAGAUGUCGCGGGCAAGAAGCGGCAAAGGGGAGGAGAUGACCCCGUCGGCCCGCGGAAUCUGAAGGAGGAGAGGCGGGCGGCGGAGCGGCAUGCGCCUUGGACGGACUUGGUGGACUGGGAUGCGUGUCAGGACCCUGCGGAGAUGCUCAAUGCUGAGAUCGAUGCGUUCUAUCGGCACGUCUCGCCGACGAGACAAGAAUACGAGGUCCGGCUGUUCAUGAUUGAGAUCAUCACGCGGGCGAUCUUGCGCGUUUGGCCUGAUGCCGAGGUCACGCCGUUUGGAUCAUGGCAAACUCAGCUGUAUCUGCCUCACGGCGAUAUCGACCUGGUUGUCAGCACGAAGCGCUUGAACGAUGCCAACAAGGCCAGACUGCUUGCCGAGCUGGCAAGAGCGAUGCGGCAAGCACACAUCACCGACGUGGUGGCCAUCAUCUCCAAGGCCAGAGUACCCAUCAUCAAAUUCGUGACGACCGAGGGCAAGCUGAACGUCGACAUCUCCCUCAACCAGACGAACGGUAUAUCCGCCGGCCAAAUCAUCAACCAAUACCUUGACGUACUACCCGGAAGCCGCCAGCUCAUUCUGGUCGUCAAAGCCUUCCUGAGCCAGCGGAGUAUGAACGAGGUGUAUACCGGCGGAUUAGGAAGUUACGCCGUCAUCUGCCUUGUGAUAUCCUUCCUGCAGCUUCACCCAAAACUCCGACGGGCAGAUAUAGAUCCAGAAGAGAAUCUCGGUACACUCCUCGUCGAGUUCUUCGAGCUCUACGGCCGGAACUUCAGCUACGACGAAGUUGGCAUCUCGAUCCGGAGAGGCGGGAUGUACUUUGCCAAAAAGUCCAGAAAUUGGUACAGACCACAGCAGCCAUUCUUGCUCUGUAUAGAGGACCCGCAGGAUCGAGACAACGAUAUAUCGUCCGGCUCAUUCGGGAUUCGGCAGGUCAAGAAUACGCUGGCGGGCGCGUACGAGAUGCUCCAGGCGAGGCUCUUUGAGCGGGCGGAGCAGAUCAGCGGGAAACAAAGCGGGAGGUAUCAGGGGGAUUGGGAUCCGGACGAGAUGAGCAUCUUGACGGGUGUUAUGGGAAUCACCAAGGAGACUCAAAAGCAUCGUCGAGAACUCCGCAAGUUACACGAGGAAGGCCGGUUACAACGCCAAUUAUCCAUUCCCCCAAAUGCCUCACCCGAGGGAUACGUCCAGAACUACCGACCUCCAACAGCUACCGGCGUCAAGCGGAAAGCCGGCUCUAUACGACUCGUCGGCGCAAGCAGAACCACUGUGACCGGUCCGAAUGGCGACGAUGAUCAGCCGGUCAAGAAGAAGAUGCGGAAUGAGACCGGGAUGGGCGCUGUCAUGCUGGAUGAUGAUGUGGAGGAUGGGGAGCUUAGCGAGGGGUCAGAGAUCUUUGAAGAUGACGACGAUGAAGAGGAGGAGGAGGAAGACGAGGACGAUUAUCUCGUUGGUGGAGGGGUAUCGAGAGCAUAUCGGGGAGCCGCAACGCACGAGAGUGAUUCAGAGAAGGAGGUGGACGGGGCGUUGAUCGCGGAGGAUACGACCGACGCUAGUAUAUCGGGGGUGGUCGGUAUCGAGGGGGCCGACACAUCAACGGAGGACGGCGAGAUUGCCGAGGUCUCGCCUUUUGCGGAGCCGGCCCCGCUGCCUCGUCGGCAGGCGAGGGACGAGUCGGUAUCGCACGAUUCGGACGAUUACGAGAUCCAGCCCUCUCAACCCAGGAGUCACGUGGACGUCGAGGGUGGCGACUCCAGAUAUAAGGCGCUGAAGAAGGGGAAGGAGAAGGCGCCGGGCAGAGGCAAGGGAAAGGCGGGGAAGGCGAAGGAGGUUGAGGUCAUCUCUGACUCGGACUCGGACGGGUCGUCCAUCAUCGCCAUCAGCCGGCCGCCAUCGCCGCCAAAGGCGAAGCCAAACGGGUCUAGCAAGGUUCCGAAGGGGAAGAGCGCGGAGAAGGCUAGUCUGCCGAACGGUCCAGGUGCAGGCGGAGUGGGGAAGAAGCAGAAGCGCGAGUUCUGGUUGGCCAAGGCAGGGAGCAAGCAGGAGGAGGGGGAGAUUGAGGAUGAGUUUGGAGGAGGGGCGGACUUUGUGCGGUUGUAG